AUGGCAACAAUGCGCGCAGUCGACAUCAGGGGCGGCACAGGCGGCAUCUCUUCGCUCUUCAUCAACGAUCAGAUCCCCAAACCCACGCCAAGGGGUUCGCAAGCCCUCGUCAAAAUCAAGGCGUUUGGCCUCAACAGAAUGGACCUCCUCCAGCGUGAGGGCAAAUACCCACUGCCGCCACAAGCCGGGCCCAUCAUGGGCGUCGAGUUCUCCGGCACCAUCGAAGGCUUUGGCGGAGAUCCCGAACGCGGCUUCAACAUCGGUGAUGAGGUGUUCGGACUGGCCUACGGGGGUGCCUAUGCCGAGUACAUCGCCGUGAGCACGCACAUGCUGGUGCACAAGCCGAAGGAGCUGAGCUGGGAGGAGGCCGCGGGCAUCCCGGAGACGUGGAUCACCGCCACCCAGGCGCUGUACCUGGUCGGCGAGUUCAAGCCCGGGAUGAGCGUGCUGUGGCAUGCCGGCGCGAGCAGCGUGAGCAUUGCCGGGAUCCAGCUGAGCAAGGCCGACGGCGCGUCUGCGAUAUACGUGACUGCGUCGACGAGGGAGAAAAUCGAAUUCACCAAGUCGCUGGGCGCGACCGAGGGGUUCUCAUACAAGGACGGGGAUUGGGCGCAGGCCCUGCUCAAGCAUACCGACGGCAAGGGCGUGGAUUUGAUCGUCGACUUCAUCGGCGCCGGGUACUUCGACCAGAACCUCGACGCCGCGGCGCGGGACGCCCACAUUGUCAACCUGGGCAAUCUGGGCGGGAACGUGGUUCAGAAGCCGGUCGAUAUCUCUCGCUUCUUGCGCAAGAGGCUGCGGUAUGAGGGCUCGAGUUUGAGGAGUCGUGAUGAGCAGUACCAGGGUAAGCUGCGGGAUAUGCUUGUCGAGCAUGCCUUGCCGAGAUUCAUCGACGGGCGGUUCAAGGUCAUUGUCGAAAAGGUGUUCAAGAUGGAGGACAUCCAGGAGGCCCACACGCUGAUGGAGAGUAACCAGACCAUGGGCAAGUUGAUCUGCACUGUGGGCUGA